GGGCCCGGCCAGGGGCGGAGCUGGGGCGGAGCGCGGCCAUGUCCAAGCACGUGUUUCUCACGGGACCCCCAGGGGUUGGAAAGACUACUUUGAUCCAGAAAGUCACUCAAGCUCUAAAAUCCUCAGGUGUUCCCAUUGAUGGAUUUUACACACAGGAAGUUAGAGAAGGUGGCAGGAGAACAGGAUUUGAUGUUGUCACUCUGUCUGGAAACCGAGGACCUUUAUCUAGAGUCAGUCCCAGUUCUGGUUCUUCUGCUUCAAGACGUGAAUACCGGGUUGGACAAUAUGUUGUAGACCUUGUCUCAUUUGAGCAGUUGGUUCUACCUAUGCUGAGAAAUGUAAAUCAGGAUGGUGACACAGAGAAAAGAAUUUGUGUCAUAGAUGAGAUUGGUAAAAUGGAACUCUUCAGCCAGGCUUUCAUUCAAGCUGUUCGUCAAACGCUGGCUGGCUCGGGGACUGUGGUGCUUGGAACUAUUCCAAUACCUAAGGGAAAGCCACUGGAUCUUGUUGAAGAAAUAAGAAGUAGGAAAGAUGUUAGAGUGUUCAAUGUUAGUAAGGAAAACAGAAACAGCAUUUUGCAAGACAUCUUGGCAGCUGUGGAAUCCUGCAGAAAAUGAAGACCUUUUCUGUCCUGUAAACACUAAAGCUUUCAUUUCAACAAAACAGUAGAACAUUUUGUGGAUGGUUUAGAGUCUGUCCUUCCUGCUUUAGCCCCCUGGAGGCUUUACUGGAGCCUUCAAAGUAAGCAGGGUAAAGCUGGUAAUAAAAUGGGAUAGGAGGAUUGUAAUUUAUUCAGUUCACUGAAUUAAAAAAAAAUUGAACAGAUGUGUAGCUAACAUCCAGUUCUAAUCUGGGUAUUUGGAAGUUAGGUGGUCAACUCAGAUCUGAGUUACUUCAUGUGAAAACAAUUAACUGUAAAAUCUGUUUGAGAUCUUAGUCUUUCUGAGUGUGUUUGGACUGUACUGCCUACAGGCCAAUUCAAUAUCUGCAACAUAGCCCUUAUACAACAGAGCAGAACCCUGUCCAAAAUGAGUCCUGCCUGGUUUAUGUAGGAAUGUUUAGCUGUUGGUGACCCAGCUGAGGUGUGUUCAAGUGUGUUUCAGCAUGGGUGCAGACAAAGCAGCAGGUAGCGGGAAUAAGCAGAUGUGCUCUCCUCCUUCCCCCAGAAGUCUGCAGUUGCAGUGUGAGAAGGGUUAUCCAGAGUUUCAUGUAAACUUCCUGUAGUCAUGAGUGAUAUUUACAGAUUUCAAUUUUGGGAGGAAAAAUAGCCAAAUCUACCCUCUCUUACAUGGCCCAGACACUAAUUGAUAAGAGGACUGCAUUUUGAAUUAAUUUUCAAUUUUCUGGUGGCAAUCCUCUCCCACACCCCCUUACAAAUAAUAGAUAUAAAA